UAUGUAACUAAGGUGUUUAUUUAAUCGAUAUUUAGAAAUUAUAUCUCAAUAUGUAGAACUGUUUGUCAAAGUACAUAAAAAUAUUACUCGCUUAUCAUAGAAAAUAAAAAAUGGCAAGUCCAAAUUCUGAAACUGAUUCAACCUCGAUGUUUAUGCAAAAAGGGGACUACAGAAAAAGUAAGAGUCCCACGCCCGGAGAGACCGCUUCAAGAAGAAAUUCUACUGUGUCAGUGAAAAAAGUAUCGCCAGAAAUUAUAACUGUCAAAGAUUUUUUCGACUUUAUGAAAACAGCAUACCAAGUUUAUGAGCAUUUGGAAGGAGAAGAUGAUGAGGAAUCGAGGAUCAACUGGGAGGAACUGACGAAAUUGACGGUUUUGAAUCAUGUGAUCGAACAACAAGAAAGAGAUCUUUUACAACAAACUGCUUUUUCUCACCCCAAGCCCUUGAUAAGUAAAAGCGAUACGGCAAUUGAAAAAAAGGAUAGCAUGGAUAGAAUAGAAAAACGAUACAGUUGUAGUGAGAUCGAAGGGACAGGUCGGCGGCGGUCCUUGCCUCCAGAAGCGAGGGUUGAAAUGCUUGGAGUAUGGACCGAAGCAAAUUUAAAUUGUAAAUUAAAUGAUGUAAUUAAUGAAGGCAUUUUGGACUCAAUACUUCCUUAUCUCGUUGGAUACAAGAAGCCAUCUAAAACAACAAGUACCUACGCGCCCAUAAUCAAGAAGGCUGCCUCAACUUCAUCAACUGAAAUAAAAAAACCAGCUAGUUUUGGAGGUUUUGUGAAUGAAAAGGAGUCAAGAGAUCGUCUCGGGAGACGUAAAUCAUCUAUAGUUGCAGCACAAGAGCGCAUCGCUCAAAAGCAAGAUGGUGAUGUAGAAAUUCACGUUUGUGAUGAAGUAAAAGGCUUGAAGAAGGAUUUUAGGUGCCCUCAGAAGUUAUUGGUAUCCAGAAUGGGUUACUUUGCUGAUGUGACUGCCGGUCAAAGACUGGAAGACAUGGAUAUUUCCGUACAUUGCGAUAUCCAGAUAUUCGACUGGCUGAUGAGGUGGGUGAAGAGGGACAGCAUCCUGGUGGCCGACUGGCCGUUGCUGGACCCGCACAACGUCGUGCCCAUACUGGUGUCAGCCUCAUUUCUACAGAUGGAGCCGCUCCUGCACGACUGCAUGAUUUACUGCCACGCGCACAUGAACGACAUCGUCAAGACUUCCACCAACCUGGCCUGCCUCAGCGAUGCUCUCUUGACCAGAUUAGCUGCGAUGUACACGAACGCCGAACUGGAAGCCAUAAGAGACAGGAAGGACAAGAUCCAGUCGCGAUUGUACUGCAAGAUGAUCAUGUCCCUGGCUGAGCCGGUGCCGGAGACCCUGAGAGGGCAUUAUGCCACUUUGGCGACGCUUUUCAAGUGCACCAAGUGCAACAAGUUGCUGGGCCGCCACAUCGCCGAGCAGGUCCCGUGCCAACCUUCCAGCAUGAGGAUCGAUAGACGGGGGAACGUCAUCUCUUCACACACCAAGGACCUGAGUUGGAACUUGAACGAGUAUAUAACUUGGCUUUACGGAGAGUUGCGGUCAUGGCGACGUGUUUAUUGGCGUCUGUGGGGCGACUGUCAUUUUCUGAGGUGUCAACUAUGUGAUAGCUACUUCCCAGCGUAUCAGAUGGAAUGGUGCUCCCAUCACGAACAGAGCGCGCACAUGUUCCAGUUGGAAGGUCGACCACCACUGCCUGCUGGGAGGUAUCCCUGCUGCGGUGAGAGGGCAUACCGCUUUGAGACUGUCACCAGGAAUACUGGUUGCCAGUUCCGCGAACACGCUCCCGACGAGCGGCUGGCGGCGGACGCGGCCGUCAUGGAAAUGUACCACAGGUUCAGGGAGAUCGUCUCCAUGAGACCGCCGCAGCUGAUGUUUCCCGAGAGACUCACGAGGAUUGUGGCCAGAGAGCCUGGAGAAGACUCGGGUCGCCUCCAAUGCAAGGAGGUGUUUUGGUGGGAGGGCAUCCAGUUAGUGGCGCCCCGUCAGCCCCUAGGCCUCCUCGGCAAGAUGUACACCAGCAACAAUAAGUUUAACCCGAAUGCGAGGCCCGGGUCCCCGGCCCUGGGGGCGGCGCGGCUGUCUGCGCAGUCGCUGACCGCCAGCUGCUCAGUGGCGGCGUGCCCCGAGGAGCUCCGGCCGAAGCCCCCGCCGAAGGAGGCGAAGGACGAAGCCCCCAAGAAGAAAGGUGCCAUCGGCGGCGGGGACUCCAUCGUGGACGACGGCGGCGAGCAGUCUUCGGAGUCUGAAUCCGAGAGUGAGCACAGUUCGGCCAGUGCUCGCUCUGAUGAGGACAGUGUGCCGAGGAGGCGGCAGCAGAGACUGGCUAGAGCACCAAGGCCGGUUGUUAAGCGGGCCCGCGUGGUAGGCCGCCAGUGGGUGUCGUCGCUGUCCGCGCGCAGCAACCAGGACGGCCAGCGGCGCUUCGAGGAGCGCGCGGCGAGGCUGAUGCGCGCCGCGCUCGCCCGCCGCGCGCCGCCUGCGCACGCGCCGCCCAACAAGACCAAGACGCCCGCAGGCGGCGUAUACGCACGUCUUGAAGCAGAAUGGCGCGAGCGUCACGGACAACGACCGAGAAACGCGGUGUCAGCGAGACCAAAACAACCAGUCAACAAAUUCAAAUGAUAUGUAGUUUGUCGUGGUUG